UUGGUGAAAAUAUAUUUACCUACAAGAAACUCGCAUGAACUUGAAGAAACUUGCAUGAUGAAAAUCGGUAAUGACCGCAUGUGUUAUAUCAUCGCAUAAAGCAUUGCAGUGAAAACAAAAAAUUUCCACUGUUCAACUGCUAUUUUUCAAAUUCAUGUUGGCAAUACUGUGUUGUUUUGGCUAAAGUGAUGUGCGCCGUGCGCGAAGAAGUUUCGCCAUAUUGCUUUUGUACCUUUUAAUUGUGUUUAUUUAGCUAACAAUGACUGACGUUGAGCAAAACGCAAUGAAAAAACUUUGUGAUUUGCGUGUAAUUGAUCUUCGGUAUGAACUUGAAAAACGAGGGUUGGAUCGAACUGGUGUUAAAACAGCAUUAGUUGAAAGGCUUACCAAGGCCAUUGAAGAUGAAGGUAAAAAUCCUGAUGAAUUUCUCUUUGACAUCAUUGCUGAAAAGGCAACUAAGCCACCUGUGAAACGUUCAAGCCGGAAAUUGAAAGAAGAUGAAGCUGAGGCUGUGAAUGAAGAAGAGGAAGAGGAGGAAGAAAAAAAAGUGGAAAAACAGGAGGAGGAAAAGAUUGAAAAGCAAGAAGAUAAAAGUACAGAAAAACAAGAAGUUAAGAAAGAUGAAAUACCCGAAAAACAAAUAGAAAAGCCUGAAGAAAAACAGAUAAAGGAGACUGAAGAAAAACAAGUUGAAAUGCCAGAAGAAAAGCAAGAAGACAAACAAAUGGAAAAGCAGGAACAGGGCGAAGAAGAAAAAGAGAAAGAGUUAAACAAGGAAGAUGCCGAAGAUGUUGAAAUAGAAGAGAAUAAUGCGAAUGGAGAAGAAGAACAGAAAAAUGUUCAAUGUAACGGCAAUGAUGUGGGAGAUGGAACUCUCAAGGACACACUUAUGGAUGAAGGACGUCUUUCUCCACCAAAACCGGAGACUUCUCCUGUAAUUGCUCCUCUAACUGUAGAAGAUGUAAUUAAAUUGGAUACUUCAUCUAAAAUAAAGGCCAGUGACAAUGACUCUUUAAUAGUAAAUCCUGAUGAUACCCAAAGUGAUAUGGAUUCAUCUAUUAAUGAAAAUCAAUCAGUUGAUGAACCCAUGCAAGAAGAUACUGAAGAUCAGGCUCAAUCCAAUUGUCACUCUGUUCCUGAUAAUGCAGAAUCUCAGAUUAAUUCUGAAGAAAAACCUUCAUCACUCAAAGGCUCAAAUUCAGUUUUGGAGGAGGCUUCAGAAGAUAAAACAAUAUCUUCAGAGGAUAACAUACCCAGCGCUGAUCAAACAACUGAUAGUACUACUGCUACCACCAAGCGAAAGAGCCUUGAAGAAGAUAAAUCUGCUACAGAAGGUGAUAAUGUUAAAAGAGUAUCUGCAAGUGGAAAAAAUCUCUGGGUUAGUGGGUUGGCAGAAAAGACACGUGCUAAUGAUUUAAAAUCAUUAUUCAGCAAAUACGGUAAAGUUUCUACUGCCAAAAUUGUGACUAACGCUAAGACACCUGGAGCUCGUUGCUAUGGAUUUAUUACAAUGGCAGUUAGUGAUGAAGCGACACUUUGUAUUGAGAAAUUAAAUCGCACCGAACUGCAUGGUAGAAUCAUAACCGUGGAAAAGACUACAAGGGAACCUACUGGCUCCAUUAAAAGAACAGAGCUUAAAGCAAUUCAGAGCAAAGCAGCUCAAAAGAAGUCCGAAACAAAGAAAAGUGAAGAUAAAAAGGAAUCUGACUCUACUAAAUCAGCUAGUAAAGAUUCAAAAACUACAGACAAAAAAUCUGAGAAAACUAAGUCAGCUGAGAAACCUAAGUCAGACAAAUCGAAGAGUGUGGAGAAAAAUGAUAAAAAAGAAGAUGGCAAAAAAAGAACACCAUCAAAAGAAAGAGAUCACAGAUUAAGAGAUAGAUCAAGAGAGAGGAGACGCCGAGAAAGAAGAACAAGGACAAGAUCUAGAAGCCGUGAAAGAUUUAGAGGAGGACGUGGUACCUUUUUCAGGGGAGGUUUUAAUAGAGGUUUUGGUGGAAGAAGACCCUUUGGAAAUUCGCGCACUUUUGAGAAUAGAUUCAGGGAGCGUGAAAGAUCUCGGGAACGUGACAGAAGAUUUUCUGAUGUUAUUAGGCAAAGAGAAAUUGAACGACAAAACAGGGAAGAAUCAAUUCGAUUAGAAAGAGAGAGAGAACGUUUAAGGGUUGAGAGAGAAAAAUUAGAAAGAGAGCGAGCAGAAGUCCUUAGGUUGGAAAGAGAAAAACAACGCCUUGAACGUGAGCGCUUGGAAAGGGAAAAGGCUGAAUUGCGAAAGAGAACACAAAUGACGCUUGAAGAAAGAAGAGGAAUCAAACGAAGUUUUGAUGGCCCACUUAAAGAAACUGAUCCUUUUUGGGAUGACCGAAAAAGGCAUUCUAAUACUCGAAGAGAUUCUCCUGUAGAAGCCAUUAGCACCUAUGAAGAUUUUGGAAGAGAGCGUAUAAGCUUUAGAGAAGGAAGGGGUGAUUUUGAUAGAUCUAAAAGUGGUGCUAUUUCUCCUCCUUUUAAUGCAUCUUCUAGAAGAGAGAGCAAACGUGAGCAUGAAAGAUCACCUUUUCACCGUGGAAGAGGCUCCCGAGAUGUACCUGAUAGAGGAAGAGGUGACUGGAAGGGCAAACAAAACAGAGACCGAAGUUUUGAAAGAGGGGAAAGAAAUAGCUUUAAUGAAAGAAGCAGAAAUUUCGAACGACCACAUCCUUGGGAAGGUAGUGCACCCGAUAGAGAUCAAAAUAAAUUUGGCAAUGGUGCUCCAUUACCUAAUUCCCAAUGGGCACCUGUUAACAAAGCGCCUGAAAAUUGGGGUAGAGUUGAUCAAGCUCCUCCUCAAGAACGAUGGGGCGCUGUAGAUCGUGGACAACCUGGUUUGGGCCAUCCACCAAAUAUUAGACAUCCACCAAACCAAAUGAACUUGUUUGGAGGACCACCUAACAGUGAUUUAAUAAAUCCUUUGGGGGCUCACUUUUCUGUUGACCAAUUCAAUCCUAACUUGAUACGUCGAUUUUAAAUUAACUUGAGGAUUGCCUUCAUUCCUUCUACAAUUAACUGUACCUUAAAAGAUGUAUGUUUUUCUUUUCACAUCGUAUGUUUAUUGAAUUCCAAUGUUUGAUGUAUUUAGUCUUCAAAUCUAAUAACAUCAUGAAAUAUGCUUUGUUGUAUAUGUUUUUAAAUUUUUCGUUUUGUUAUUAUCUAUUAAAUGUUGGAAUUUGAACCCAAUUACUUUAGAAGUUCUUUGCAAUUUUACUUAUAUUUUGCCAUUAGUUUUUUAAUUACCAAAAUAUUUUGUUAUUAAGUAUGCCUCUAGAUCAAUUUCAUUAAAUGCUCUUUUGAGCGGCAUCUUACACAUUGUCAUGAGUGCAUUGAAGUCAUUGUAAACAAUCUUAUGUUAUAAUAAAUGUGUAUAAAUUUCA